UUCACUGUCAACUUGGCUUGGGCUUGGAGUGGAGUGGAAAUUGUUUUGGAUGGAGGAAUAUGUCGAUGAGUUUUGGUUUUGAAUGUGUUUCUUGUUGAAUUUUUGACAAAAAUAUCAUAUUUACAUGCAAACCUUUUGCAGCUACCAAAAAUAACCAUGGAUGAAUCCAUAGAAUCGUUGGCCCAGUCGGUAAACUUGAAUUUUGAACAGACCUCUCAGCCCUUAGGCCCCAUGGCUCCUAUGACACAGCCAGUGGAGGGCCAAGGUCCAAUGGGGACGGGACCUGGAGGAAAACAUGAAGAAUUUUCAGUCGAGAAAAUAUUGGAUCGCAGAGUUAAGAAUGAGAAAGUGGAAUAUUUGUUAAAGUGGAAAGGUUAUGCUGAUGAUGAUAAUACAUGGGAGCCAGAGGACAACCUGGAUUGUCCAGAAUUGAUAUCGGCAUAUGAAGAUGCCCGUGCCAAGAGGGAGAGUGAGGCAGCGGCUGCAGCAACAGCGGCAGCGGCUGCAGCAACAGCAGCGGCGGCUGCAGCAACAGCAGCGGCGGCUGCAGCAACAGCAGCAGCAACCGCUGCUGCCACCCCGGUGGAGACUACAGAAGAAGCAUACUCUACUCGCAAAAGGGGAAGGAGUAAAAAGUUGAAAAAAAUUGAGGAAAUUGAAAAACCCAGAGGUCUGGAUAGAGGUUUGCUACCAGAAAGGAUAUUUGCUGCUCAACUCAUGAAUGGCACUCUUUAUUUCUUGGUCAAAUGGUACGGCUGUCUGGAGCUAGAUGUGGUUCAAGGUCACGAGUUUGGUGAGGCAUACCCUGACUUCACCAUCAAGUACUAUGAGAGCUGUGUGCCAUUCAGUGUCAGGAACAAGGCCGGGAGAGUGCCUAGGAUGGCUCUUGAAUUGCCGCCUUUAGAAGAGCCAGUGCUCGAAUCUCAGCCAAUGGAAACUUCGAUGGAGAUUCCGCAGACGUUGGAGACGAUGGAAGACACUCCAGCCAUGCCGCCUUCCGAGCCUCAAGUUCCAGAAGUGGGUUCGGGGCACGACAUGCCGGCAUUGUCGGAGCCGCUGGAGCCGCCGCUGCCGGUCUGACCCUCGUUCUACAACGCCAGCACCAGCGAUUACUGAUCACACCCAGAGAUGGGUUUGCGCUCAGUGUUCGCCCAGUUUCUUCCCAGUUGGGUUUGCGACUGUUCGGAAAGACACUGGGCGUAAACCCAUCUAUGAGUUCACAUCUGAUUUUAUACCUAAUUAUGUAGUAACUGUUUCGUCUUCGCAUGUUCCCGUUCGGGGCUGUGACGCCCCGAACGGUGGUCAGCGUGAGAAAUAACAAAUUUUGAAGAUUCGUCUGUGAUUUUACAACGAGCCUGAUAUCAGACCUUGGGAUUUUUUUUGUUGUUUGUCAGCUGCCCAGGCUGUCCUUAUAUCCUUAAAUAUUGUAAAAAAAAGUUUAUCUGUUGACAGUCUGUCUGUAUGUAUUUUUUAUAGUAUUUUUUACGAUUUUCAUCACUAAUGUGAUUCCUGAGGAAGGUUUAGGUGGUUAAUUAAUUAUAGUUUCACCCGAGCGAAGCCGGGACGGGCCGAUAGUAUUUUACAAAAUUGUUAAGUAGCCAUUUGACUCUGAUUUUCAAAAGGAUUGGAAGUAAAUAGGAAUAGAGAUGCUCCGUCUCAGCUGUAUGACUUGAGUGUAAGUGAGAAAACUAUUUAGCUUUACGGAGCGACAAAAAGAGAGCAUUAAGUUAGUUUAUAAUUUAAGAUAACAUGUUAAGAUUCUAAUUUUAUCCUUAUUUAGUGAUUUAUGGCACAACCGAUAUUGUAUGUAAUAAAAAUUGUGUAUAGCAAAUAAAA